UUCUACUGAUAGCAGCAGCUGCUGCACUGAGCCUGCUUUCAUCCGCGAGACACACACCCAGGGGCCGGGGCGGCUGAGCACCCCAGCCGCGCCUCGCUCCUCCUGGGCUCUGCAGAAGACUGGGAUCCAGCCUCCAUCCUCACGGCUGCCUUUCCCUGAGAGCCGGGCCGGCCAGCGAUUUCUGCCAGCCGAUUAAGUGAUUUAUGAGCAUUACACAGCCCUGGUUCCUGCCCCAGAGAUCACUGAAGCAUCAGAAAUCAAGGUGUCACAUGGGGAACCUUCUUAAAGUGUUGACUUAUAACGACCUUGAACAAGGCCCUAAUUUUUUCCUUGACUUUGAACAUGCUCAGCCCACAGAAGCCGAGACAGCUGUGUGGAACCAGGUCAACGCAGUGCUAGAGGAGGCACAGGCAAUCCUGGCUGAACUGCAGUCCUACACGGGGGCUGGCCUGGAGAUUAGAGAGGCAAUCCAAAAUCCCAAUGACCUCCAGCUACAGGAGAAGGCCUGGAAUGCCGUGUGCCCUUUAGUGGCAAAGCUGAAACGCUUCUAUGAGUUCUCUCUUCGACUGGAGAACGCUCUGCGCAGCUUGCUGGAAGCUCUGACCAGCCCACCCUAUGCCCCGACUCAGCACCUGGAGAGAGAACAAGCCCUAGCAAAGCAGUUUGCAGAAAUCCUACACUUCACCCUCACCUUCGACGAGUUCAAGAUGACCAACCCUGCCAUCCAGAACGAUUUUAGCUACUACAGAAGAACCCUCAGCCGAAAUCGCAUUAACAAUUUACAGUUGGAUGCCGAGAGUGACGUUAACAAUGAAAUGGCCAACAGGAUGUCUCUCUUCUACGCAGAGGCCACGCCUAUGCUUAAAACUCUAAGCAACGCCACAACCAAGUUUGUUUCAGAGAACAAGACCCUCCCCAUUGAGGACACAACUGACUGUCUGAGCACCAUGGCCUGUGUCUGCAGGGUGAUGCUGGAGACCCCGGAAUACAGGAGCCGGUUCACCAACACCGAGACCCUUCUCUUCUGCAUGCGAGUGAUGGUUGGCGUCAUUAUCCUCUACGAUCACGUUCACCCUGUGGGGGCUUUCGCAAAGACCUCCAAAAUCGAUAUGAAAGGAUGCAUCAAAGUCUUGAAAGAUCAGCCUUCAACCAGCACAGAGGGGCUCCUGAACGCACUGAGGUACACCACCCGGCACCUCAACGACGACAGCACAUCCAAGCAGAUCCGGGCCCUGCUGCAGUGAGCGCCUCGAGAGCGGUGGGGGAUCUGUCCAGCUGGGGCCUGGAGGCUUCACUUAGAACUGUCAGCAGAAAAUUUUAAAUGUUGCCAUGUUGCUAUAAAUAACCAUGAUCAUAUUCCUCAUUUUGUAAAGAAAGGGAAAAAGUUUUAAAAAAAAUAAAAAGACAGAAAUACAAGAACAAACUAAGCAGCCCACAAAUCCGCCCUCCCCCACGUCCCCCUCCGCCCCCACCUCCCUCUAAAAAAGAUCAGUGUCCAAGUCUGACAGGCUGUGUGUCACCCACUCCGUGCAUCUCCGUUCCCCCGCCCCAUCAGUGGUGACGUGACAUGCCCAGUUCUCAGCCUGCCUGAGCUUGGGGUGGGGGCUAGGGGAUGGAAGCCUGGGAGCAGGGGGGCGUCCCAUGGUUCCCACAGGGGUACAGUGUAGGGUCACUUUAUCUGGACUACGCCCCUCAAGUGCGAAGGGAGGGGUCCAGGGCAGGGCUGGCAGGAAGCCUCCCUUCCUGACAGAUGUAAAUAAUGUGCGUGAAUCGCUCCAAGGGUCCGGCUGUGACGAUGAUGAUGAUGAAGAAGAAGGCAUCGUCUUUAAAUCCUCUCGCACUGAGUCCAUUGAAAAUAGCUCAGUGGUACCUUUUAGAUUUUUAAUAUAAAACAAUUAAAAUCCACUCACCUGUUAUUUUGUACAUUUUUGUGUGAAAUAAAAUAAAAUUUAAUCUGUUUAUUGCC